AUGGCCAACGUCCUCGCGCAGUCGUCUCCAUCGAAGAAGUCGGAGUUGGAACCUUCACGGAAGUGCUGCCGCUAUCAGAUGCGACCUCGCCGCACCUCGCCGCUAUCAGAUGCGACCUCGCCGCACCUCGCCUCGGUUCUGAUUGAUUUGGGGGUGAUUUGUUGGAGAAAUCUUGAGGGAAGUUCUGGAGAUAACUCACCCCAGUUGGACCGGGUUCCGUCUUCGUCGUUGAUGGACCGGAUUAGGUCUUUUAGUUUUCGUAGAACAGAAAGUGAAAGAUCCGAGUCGGUCCAAAAUUCUGAGUCUGGAAUGAAUCUGGUACGAACUCCAUCUUUGUUGGAGCACGUUAGGCGUUUUAGUCUGGAUUUAGGUAAAGUGCAGAAGGAAAGUUGUGACUUGGUUGAGCAGCAAUUAAGCCGUGCUCCUUCCUUCCUGCAGCGGCUUAAGUCCUUGACCUUUGACAGAUCGGAGUCCGAAGCUGAGGUGAGGGAUGGUGGGGAGUUCGUGGAGGAAAGGGAAGAAGAGGAAGGGGUGGACGCUAAGGCUGAUGAUUUCAUAAACAGGUUUAGGCAGCAACUCAGGUUGCAGAGGCUUGACUCUAUUCUACGAUGCAGGGAUAUGCUCACACGAAACUCAUAA